GGGGAUGUCAAAGCGGUAAAAACAAGAAAGGAGCUGGCGUGACUUGGAUUGGGAAUUCCGUUGCUGGGUUACCACUGAAAACUCAUCUGGAUUUAGCACUGCCUUUUCUGUUUAAAAUUCAAAGAGGUCCUGCGAGGUGAGAGUGAGACCCCACGGCAGGCUGUCCACACCAGCACCCCCGCGGCUCCAUGUAUCCCGAAUCCACCACUGACUCCCCCGCUCGCCUCUCACUCCGACAGACUGGCUCCCCCGGCAUGAUCUACAGAAACCUCGGAAAAUCUGGACUGAGAGUUUCCUGUCUUGGACUAGGAACAUGGGUGACCUUCGGUGGUCAGAUCACAGAUGAGAUGGCGGAGCAGCUGAUGACUCUGGCGUAUGAGAACGGGAUCAAUCUGUUCGACACGGCCGAGGUCUACGCUGCGGGGAAGGCAGAGGUGGUGCUGGGAAACAUCAUAAAGAAGAAAGGAUGGAGGCGUUCCAGUUUGGUGAUAACGACCAAGAUCUUCUGGGGUGGAAAAGCGGAGACGGAGAGAGGCUUGUCCAGAAAGCAUAUAAUCGAAGGUCUGAAAGCUUCGCUUGAGCGCCUGCAGUUAGAAUAUGUGGACGUGGUAUUCGCAAACAGACCGGACCCCAACACACCCAUGGAAGAGACGGUGCGGGCGAUGACCCAUGUGAUCAACCAGGGGAUGGCCAUGUACUGGGGCACGUCACGCUGGAGCUCCAUGGAGAUCAUGGAGGCGUACUCAGUCGCUCGGCAGUUUAACCUGAUCCCCCCCAUCUGUGAGCAAGCGGAGUACCACAUGUUCCAGAGGGAGAAGGUGGAGGUGCAGCUGCCCGAACUCUUCCACAAGAUAGGUGUGGGCGCUAUGACGUGGUCUCCGCUGGCCUGUGGCAUCAUCUCGGGGAAGUACGACAGCGGGGUGCCCCCCUACUCCCGCGCGUCUCUGAAGGGCUACCAGUGGUUGAAGGAUAAGAUUCUGAGCGAGGAGGGACGGCGUCAGCAGGCCAAGCUGAAAGAGCUGCAGGCGAUCGCCGAGCGGCUGGGCUGCACCCUGCCCCAGCUCGCCAUCGCCUGGUGCCUGAGGAACGAGGGGGUGAGCUCUGUGCUGCUGGGGGCCUCCAGCACCGACCAACUGAUGGAGAAUAUAGGAGCAAUACAGGUUCUUCCAAAGUUGUCUUCGUCAAUCGUGCACGAGGUGGACAGCAUCCUGGGUAACAAGCCCUACAGUAAAAAGGACUACCGCUCGUAAUGCGAGGGGUGAGGGCUGGGGCCUGGGGCCUGGGGCCACGCCGGGCCUCAGCCUGCCUCGGCCUGCUCCUCUGUCUGCUUGAGCUUCUGCUGAAGGAGAGACCGGUGCAUGGGACUAGUGCUGCCUCGGCCGCGCACAUAGAGAUAUCAAACACUGUAAGUCAACCACCACCCCAAGAACGAGAUAUCAAACACUGUAAGUCAACCACCACCCCAAGAACGAGAUAUCAAACACUGUAAGUCAACCACCACCCCAAGAACGAGAUAUCAAACACUGUAAGUCAACCACCACCCCAAGAAUGAGAUAUCAAACGCUGUAAGUCAACCACCACCCCAAGAACAAGAUAUCAAACACUGUAAGUCAACCACCACCCCAAGAACGAGAUAUCAAACGCUGUAAGUCAACAACCACCCCAAGAACGAGAUAUCAAACACUGUAAGUCAACCACCACCCCAAGAAAUAGAUAUCAAACGCUGUAAGUCAACAACCACCCCAAGAACGAGAUAUCAAACACUGUAAGUCAAUACCCCCAAACCAUGAAUGAGAUAUCAAACACUGCAAGUCAAAUCCCCCAACCCAUGGACGAACUAUCAAACAUUGUCAGUCAACCCAAACCCAAGGACAAGAUAUCAAAUCAAAUCCCAACCUGAAGACAAGAUUUCAAUCACCGUAAGUCAAACGCCAACCUGAGGACAAGAUAUCAAACAUGGAAAAUCAAACCCCAGCCCCAAGACAAGAUAUUAAACACUGUAACCCCCAGCCCAAGGACGUGGAGUGGAGAGGAGCCCACAGUCAGAGGCCCUCAGAGAUAAAUUCACAGAUUAUCUGACCAGAUAAACUGACUGAUGCACUCGCUGAUACUGCAUAUACUUCAACAAAGAGGUCCUUUUUAGGAUGAAGAUAUAUCUAAAUCAUUUUUUUAAGAACAUGCUUGCUUGGCAGUCUUUUUUUUUUGUUGGCCUUUUUAAUAUGCAUUUUAAUAAUGGGAAUUUAGGUCAAGAUGAGAAAAAUAACCUUUUGAAAAAAGAACCCUAAAUUUACUUGUUUCAUGUUCAAAAUUGCUGUUCAUUUUUGUUUGUUUAGUUGAGUCAAACCUAGCACUUUAGGGAUCAGGAUCGGUGUGGCUUUGAAAAGACUACUCUUAAGCAUUCUUUUGUUGAGUCUGGUAACAAUAGCAUUAGCUACCAAAGUUAAUUUAGCACACCCCGCUCUGUUCCCUCUCUGUCUCUCCCCUGGGUAGCGGUGUGCUCUGUGUGGGUAGCGCAGUUUUUAGACGGAACAGAAAAUACACUUUAUUGGCCAUUUUAAA